UAACGCAUUUAAACGUUUGUACAUAACAGUAAUGUUUGCGUAUUUGUUUGACAAUUGUACAUGAUUUAUAUGUGUGCGAUUUUGUUCUUUCAUUAAAUAUAAAAAAGACAUUCCUUGGAGUGAUAAGCCGCAUUUGAGGAAGACACAUUUCAAUAAGAAUGGUGGAGAAAGAACUAACCCCAGAUGAGGUUAUAGACGCGUUAGGUGGAUGUGGACGAUUUCAAUGGCGCAUCAAUGUCGUGGCACACCUUAUGAAAACCAUAGUGGCAUUCAGUAUAAGUAGCAUGAUAAUCAUAUCGGCGACCCCAACGUGGCGUUGUGCGGACAGCAAAGAGUGCACAAAUUUGACUUUAAUCAACUCUUACAAUGAAUCAACCUCCUUUUGCCCAACGAAAACGUGUACCAUAGGAAAUUCAUCAUGCAAGAACAUUCAAUUUGAUGAAGGUCUGAAAACCAUUGUUACUGAAUUCGAGCUGGUGUGUGAUCGCGACUUCAUACCAAGUACCACAAUGUCAAUACAAAUAGCCGGAACGCUUGUGGGCAAUGUCAUUGCUGGGCAGUUAGGAGAAAUAUUCGGACGAAAACGUCCGUUCUUCUUUGCGGUCGUUAUCCUUAUAAUUGCAAACGUCAUCGGAUUUUUUGCAAACAGUUGGAUUGUGUUUGCUGUCUGUAGGUUCUUUGUUGGACUUGCUGCUGGCUCUUUCAUGACAAUGAAAUACGCAUUAUUGUGUGAGUUUUCAUUGGCGAACUGGCGAGCAUGGAUAAUAGGAUUUCCUUCUUGGCCAAUGCAAGCGUGUGUACUGGCUUUCCUUGGAUGGCUCAUAAAGGACUGGCGCUAUAUUCAAAUUAUGACAGCAGCCAUUGGAAUUCCAUGUUUGAUAGGAUGGUGGUGGAUUCCAGAAAGUUUCAGAUGGCAUGUAGCGCACGACAGACAGGAUGUUGCAGAGAGCAUUAUUCAGCACGUGGCUAAAGUAAACAAAAAGAAGCUGACGAAUACUGAUCAUAUUUUACGCAAAUUAGAGACGGAUAAAAAGGACAAGAAGCACACCGUCCUUGACCUCUUUGCCUCCAGGAAGCUCAUAGUGGUCUCUCUACUUCUAGCACUGAAUUGGAUAGCGUUGGGCAUUGUAUCAUAUGGCAUAGCUUUUGGAAUCCAAGCUUUGUCCGGAAAUAUCUUUUUCAACCUUUUUCUGUUUUCCUUGGUCGGAAUCCCUUCCAAAGCAAUAGCAAUGUGGCUCCAAAACAGAUUUGGCCGGCGCCUAACUGCAGUCAUUUGCUUUAUUGCGGUGGCCGUGGGAGGAUUUGUCGUCGGAGGUGUUCAGUCUGCAGAUGCACCUAACAAGGAUAUGUUGACGAACAUAUUUGCCUUGAUAGCAAACAUUGGCAUCACAACAGCUUGGGGUCCAGUACAGACGAUGACCAUUGAACUGUAUCCGACUGUCAUAAGAACGAUCGGAUUUGGUACACUGAGUGUGUUUGGCCGUGUGGCGGCGAUGGUGGGACCACAGCUAGUAUAUUUGGACUCGAAGGUACCUGGUGUUAUGUACCAUGUGAUUGGAGCCAUCGGGUUCAUCUGUGCAAUAGGCAGCCUUAAGCUCCCUGAAACCAUGGGUAUGGAUUUGGCCGAUAAAAUUGCUACAAAUAAUAAAGUUUCACAAAAAUCUGAAACUAACAAUGUAGUUUGAUAACAUUCAGCCACAUUUUCAGAUUUUCAUUCAAUUGCGUUAUUCAUAUCGAAUUUACUUAGGCAAAUGCUUAGACAAAAUGCUAUCGGACACUAAGCGUUAAGUUAUUACAAGUAAAGUAACGAACAUGUCAUUUGUAAUGAUACUUUAUGAAUGCAUUUUGAUUGUAAUUUGGUCCAAAAAGAGACCAUGUUUGUAUUCUCAUCUAUCUUAGUAUAUCUGUCAAGCAGGACUCAGUGUUAACUGUUAGAUGAAUGAACGACGUACUGUUUUGUAAGUUUUGAUAUAUUGUUAUGAUUAAAUACUUUACUCAAGCCCAGUAGCCAAACAUUUGGAUGUUUAAAAGCUCGUGGAGACAAGUGUGCCUUUAUUAAGGAUUGUCGCUUUAAUUUGUAUUGUUUAAUACAUGCAAAUAUUUAGGAUUUAUAUACAUAUGCAUUGACUUUUGAUCCGUUUGCUAUGUUUAUAUUUUUAUGAAUAAAACAUCAUUAUUUUA